AACAUUCAAAUAAAAACUUUGGCAGAUGAUGUGCGUGAUCGAAUUACAAGUUUCAGAAAAUCUACUGUCAAAAAAGAAAAACCUUUUAUUCAACAUCCUAUUGAUUCUCAAGUCUCGAUGAGUGAGUUUCCAGUGGCUCAGCCAUUAUAUGAUGAACGAUCUCUGAAUUUGUCUGAAAAGGAAGUUCUGGACCUUUUUGAGAAAAUGAUGGAGGAUAUGAACCUGAAUGAAGAAAAGAAGGCUCCUUUACGAAACAAGGAUUUUACCACCAAGCGUGAGAUGGUUGUCCAGUAUAUUUCUGCUACUGCCAAAUCUAUAGUUGGAAGUAAAGUUACGGGUGGCCUGAAAAACAGCAAGCAUGAAUGCACCCUGUCUUCACAAGAAUAUGUUCAUGAAUUGAAAUCAGGUAUCUCAGAUGAGAAACUUCUCAACUGUCUGGAAUCUCUGAGGGUUUCCUUAACCAGCAAUCCUGUCAGCUGGGUUAACAACUUUGGCCAUGAAGGACUUGGACUCUUACUGGAUGCUCUGGAAAAGCUUCUAGACAAAAAACAGCAAGAAAAUAUUGACAAGAAGAAUCAAUACAAACUCAUUCAGUGCCUGAAAGCGUUUAUGAAUAAUAAGUUUGGACUGCAAAGGAUUCUAGGAGAUGAGAGGAGCCUUUUAUUGUUGGCAAGAGCAAUUGACCCCAAACAGCCCAACAUGAUGACUGAAAUAGUAAAAAUACUGUCUGCUAUUUGCAUUGUUGCGGAAGACAACAUUCUAGACAAACUUUUAGGGGCCAUCAGUGCUGCAGCUGAAAGAAAUAACAGAGAACGAUUUUCACCAAUUGUGGAAGGAUUGGAAAAUCAUGAAGCCUUACAACUCCAGGUGGCAUGCAUGCAGUUCAUAAAUGCACUUGUCACUUCUCCAUAUGAUCUUGAUUUUCGAAUUCAUUUGAGGAAUGAAUUCCUCCGUUCUGGACUAAAAGAAAUGCUCCCAGGUCUUAAAGAAAAAGAGAAUGAUGAGCUUGAUAUUCAGCUGAAAGUGUUUGAAGAGAACAAAGAAGAUGAUCUAACUGAAUUAUCCCACCGUCUCAAUGACAUUCGAGCUGAAAUGGACGAUAUGAAUGAAGUCUACCAUCUUCUCUAUAACAUGCUGAAAGACACUGCAGCUGAAAGUUACUUAUUAUCCAUUCUGCAGCACUUUCUACUCAUCAGAAAUGAUUAUUAUAUCAGGCCACAGUAUUAUAAAAUAAUUGAGGAGUGUGUUUCCCAGAUAGUGCUGCACUGCAGUGGCAUGGACCCGGACUUCAAGUACAGGCAGAGAUUAGACAUUGAUCUCACUCACCUAAUAGGCAAUUUAGAGAUUUCUGUAAAUGACAAAUAUCAACUGAUCAAGAUCACUACCUUUUAAAUGAAUACAUUUUAAAUAGCCCUUUCUUUAUGCACAUGUCUGCCUUUGAAUGUAACUACUUCUAAGCUGAAUUUUCAAUGAGCACUGUGAAGGUUUGACUAUGUUUGCAUUCAAAUUGGAUCUGCUAACUACAUGUCAUGUUAUGAUCUAUCAUGAUUAUUUGAAAUACUGUUCAGUUAUUGUUUUCUGUUAUUAUUGCAUCUAGAUUGUUUUCUCAUCCUCAAGAUUGUAAAAGAAUCUGCUAAUUGAUCUCUGUCACCAAAAAUGUAUUUUAAUACUCAGCUUAAUUGAACAUUCUCACAUGUAAAUGCUGGACAUUUUCUCACUGCUUUUUCACAGUUAAUUGUUAUCAGUGAAGAUAGGAAUUUCAAAUGCCAAAUAUUUUUAGAAAUCUUGAACCUUUAACUAUGUGAGCUACAACCUCUUCUAGUUGUUUUUGAAAAGUUGAUGAUUAUUGUGGAACUUUCAUUAGAAUAUCCACAUGCAAAUACACAUAUACACAAAGUUAUCAAGGGCUUCACCCUCCUCCAUAAGAUGCAGGGGUCUCUAUAUGAAUAUCACUUGGACCUGAGUAUUCCAGUCUGGGCCGAUUUCACAUUUCUGUACAUCAAAUGUUUUUUCUUAAAUCAUAGCAGAUCCUUUUCUAAAACUGUUCAAUGGCUUCCAUUGGAACUUAGAUAGAAAUCAAAGUAAAAAUCAUUGUCAGCUAUGACUUAUAUUGCCCAUAUAAAGCCAGUUUGGACAAUACAACUUUCCUGAUUGUAUGGAACAUUCUAACAUUUUUACAACAUGAAACACAUUAAAUACUUGUAGCCAGAGAGAGGGCUUAGGAGUUAAGAAUACUUCCUGGUCUUGCAGUGGACCUUGGCUGGACACCCAUCACCUACAUGACACCUCAGAACCAUCUGUACUCUGCUUGAUCCUAUGUCCUCUUCUGGACUUUGUGGGCACUGCAAACAUGUGGUGAACAGACAUAUAUUCAGGAAAAAGAUCCAUACAUAUAAAAUAAUAUAAAACAAUCAAUAAAAAUUGAUAAAAAUCUUUCUUAUACAUUUGAGUGGAGAAAAUUACUUAUAUUUUAAUAUAUAAGCUAAUCAAUAUAUAUAUAGCUAAUAAAUAUAUUUUAAGUACAUUUUUUACACUUUACAAUAUAAAUUAAUAAAUGUAUACAUAUAUUAAUGCAUUGUGUACUUAAAACCAUCAUUGUAUUUAAGAUCAUAAGCUGUAUUAAUUCCUUAAAAAUUUGCUGUCUUCUCUCCUUGUUUUUCCCUACUCUACUCAUACACUGGGUAUGUCACUAAAAGUGUCAUUGAAAAUAGAAAUACCUACUAAUCUCUCUUAUACUGACUUUAUUUUAGCUUAAUUUUCUCUCACCAGUUUUCUUUACUAAAAUCUUAUGCAACUAGUGUCAUGUAGCAAUACUAUCUGUGACUAUCUUGUUUCAUCAAGCAUCAUAUGUUUGAGAUUCAUCCAUGUUAUAGUUCAUCUAUUGAUAGUUUGUUCCUGUAUAUUGUGAAGUAGUAUUUAUGUAUGAAUAUUAAACAAUGUGCAUUUCUUGGUGGACAGUUUUGUUCUUUCCAGUGUUCAACUAUUGUAAUAAAGCUGUUAUGGUUCAUUUA